UGACCGCCCCUAGUGUUCCGGAGUGAGUCCAAGAUGUUUUAGAUUAUUUGAUUUUGAGGAAAAUAAGCAACAAUCUACCACAUAAUUCAAAGAUAUAAAAAUGCACCAACCCUCGGAGCCCGCCGUGCCUCACUCAACUCUGUUCGGUCAUAAUUUCUUUCUGCGUCACAUUUUGCAUCCAGUUAAUUGUAAAAUUGUGUUGGACUGACUCCCCCUCCUGGCAAUAAUUAAACUAAAGUGACAGAUUAAAGUUCAGCGUACUUUCCAUGAUUUCCAUGAUCUGUUAUAAAACGCAACAAACGUAACUGAAUUGAUAAAAUCUCCCAACAGCCGGAAUGUCGACCAGUGAUGAAGUGCAUGAAAAUGUGAAGAAAUACUACGGCAGCCGCCUGGCGUCGUCCUGUGACCUGCAGACCAGCGCUGCCUCCUGCGGUGUGUCCUGCCGCCCCGCACCGGGAAGAGUUGCCGAGGCGCUCAGUCUUGUUCACCCCGAGGUGAUCAGGAGAUUCUUCGGCUGUGGCCUUCCAGUUCCAGCAAAGGUCGAGGGCUGCAGAGUGCUGGACCUCGGGAGCGGCUCUGGAAGAGACUGUUAUGCCUUCAGUAAGCUUGUCGGACAGAAGGGCCAUGUCACAGGGAUCGAUAUGGCAGAGGAAAUGAUUGCAGGAUCACGUAAAUACAUUGAGUACCAUCAACAGAAGUUUGGCUACGAUGAGACCAACAUCACCUUCGUCCAGGGGUACAUGGAGAAGCUUUGUGAGGCUGGUAUACAAAACGACUCCAUGGAUAUUGUGAUAUCCAACUGUGUGAUCUGUUUGUGUCCUGAUAAACGAGCAGUCCUGCAGGAGGCCUUCAAGGUGCUAAAGGAGGGAGGUGAGCUGUACUUCAGCGACAUGUAUGCCAGCAAAGUGGUUCCUGAUCAUUUAAAGCAAGAUCCAGUUCUGUGGGGUGAAGGAAUGGGCGGCUCUCUGUUCUGGCGAGACCUCAUCUCAUUGGCCCACAGUGUUGGCUUCAGCACCCCGCGCCUCGUUUCAGCAAGUCACAUCGUGGUCCACAACUGUGAGCUCAAAGCAAAAGCAGGUGACAUCAGCUAUGCAUCGGGCACUUACAGGCUCUUCAAGCUGCCCAAAAAUCCAAAAAUGUCCAAGGCAACAGUGACGUACAAGGGAACUGUGGCAGAUUUCCCUGAUGAAUUGGAAUUUGAUUCCUCACACUCUUUCAAGAAAGAUGUGGCAGUGGAAGUGGAUGGAGAGAUGGCAGCAGUUCUGCAGAGUUCUCGUUUCCUCCCUGAUUUCAAAAUCCAGAUUCUGCAUGAAACAGAGCCAAACUCGGACUCAGCACCACAGUACUGCCACCUCAACCCGUUUCUGCUGGCUGACAGACUGGGCUCCUCGGUGAAACAAUGCUCCAAAACAGGCCAGUAAGGAGCCUGCUGGACGGCAACUGGGAGAGAGGCAACAACAAAAAUAUGUGUUGCUCUUUUUUUUUGUCUCUCUCUUUUCUUCAUAUAUUUUUAGGUGCAUUUUUUUAGGUCCACUGGGGUCUAAGUAAUUACUUGUCCCGUCCAAUAUAGUGAUAUUCAUGUGCCACAGUUUUGUCAGGUAUUUGUAAAUAAUUCAACAGUUAUGUUCACAGUAAAACCUGUAAUAGUAAUAUAAUAAUAUGCGUCAUAAUAAUGAACUUGUGAUUCACUUCA